AACUUACUUGCCCAAUAUAGUAAGUUAUAUAUAAAUAAGAAAUAAUAUGAACUAAUUCACAAAUUGUUAGGCAUUAUAUACGAUACAGCCAUGGUAAUAAAUGGACUUCUUCAGUUCUACAUUCCAGGUUUUAGCUUAACUUAGAUGGUCAAGCGUUUCAAGCAAUCAGAGCGCGAGUAGUUUCUCAAAUAUUUUAUAACUUGCAUUAUAUUACGUUAUAAUCGUGUGAGUUAAAGAAAAGAAGUAGUUAGUAAUUUUUUCCUGCUGUCGUAACGGAUGGUGAUCAGCAAUAAUCACCCGUUAUGCAACUGGUAUUCUAAAAUCAUCUUGACAAAUCAGGCUACUGUUUUAGGACAAUACUUUCUCUCAUCAUUAAUCAGUCUACACUGACCAACUCCCCAAGCAGGCACAGAACAGCACUGAAGACUGUACGUUAGAAUGGCUCUCUCAAGGCGCGGUAAACUUCUCGUCUUCUUUCUCCUCAUGAUUUUGGUCGCGCUCCUUGCGCCUGUUUAUGGCGAACAAGAACAAGAAGCAAAGAAUUCCCCUUCAAAGAAAGGCGGUGAUGGAAUGGUCAACAAGCGCGAACGUCUUUCAUUUCAAAGCAGAAAUCAAACUAUUGAAAGUAACCCCCAACGUCGAGGAAGUUGUAAUAAGUUGAAAAUGACACCCGGGAAAGCUCUUCGACGACUUCAAAGGUUGUAUUUCUUCGUGAAUGCAUUUCGUCUCGAACGUGAAUAUAACAAAACUACUGUUAAAGAAGUCGUUGGAAGAUAUUGCCCAUACAAGCGAGUAAGAGUGGACAUUGGAAUAACCCAGAUUCCAAUGAUCGACGUCACAGCUAUUUGCCCAAACUGCAGCAAAUUUUGUAAACCGGUGCCUUACCUUAUAAGGGUUCUGAGGAACAUGGGUCGUGAUGGAAAAACUGGCCUUGAAAAAUGGAUACAGGUGGAAAAGAAGAUAACCGUGGCCUAUGUCUUCGACCCGGUUAACUAACAGUCUCUAGCAUUUCUUUUAUAGAAUAUACAGUCAAUCCCAAGAAGGUUGAAUGAAACAAAAUAUACAAAUAUAUACCCCUUGCAUUGAUUUCCUAGAGGAAUUGCUCUGGGAGAUAAAACAAUAGGCGGUCUCUUCUUAUGCCAAAAAAAAGUCAUGAUUUUGCCCCCCAGACUUAGUGCAGGGGGCCGAUACAGUAUAACUGUCACGUGACCAACUGGUUGUUUUAUUUUAUUUUUUGUACUA